AUGCCGUCAUUCCCACAGCUCGCUAGCCUCCCUCUUGAGCUGCAGCGAGAAGUAUGGCAGGCAAGCCUGGACGAGUCUCCAGGGCCCAGCGUACACAUCUUCAGAUCCGAGGACUCUGCAAGUGGUGACCCCGCAUCUGUCACGUUUGACAUUAGAUACAACACCCUCAUGCAUGUCUGCCACGAGUCUCGCGCCAUGGCUCGCAAACAGCUCAAAUUCCGCCACUACGACAGGGGCGCCUGCUUGGGCCCGUAUAGGACAUUCGACCUGGAAUUGGACGCCAUUUAUGUCUCGGCCCGGGACUGGGAGGCCUUCUUCUGCCGCGAGUUCCUUGCGAGCUGGACCGAAUCGCCGGGGAAUCUGCGCCAUCUCGGCCUGGACGCCCGCGUGCUGGGUUCACCCGCUGAAGUGAGGACAUUUGUCGAAUGCCUCGGCGUCCUUACUGGGUUACGCACUGUAUCAAUAGUGUUCUCCGAAGAGGGUUGGGUCCCAAGGGACCACGUCCCCACGGGUGCUCUGCAGUACCAACUUGUGGACUACCUUGAGGGGGAUGCAGUCUGGCAUGCCCCUCCUGGCCGCGUGAAGAGGCAGGACAUGGAUCCGUGGGAUGUCGUGAAGCUGUUUUGCGAGGAUGUUAAGGUUUCUUUCCACCAACAAAUGGCUGCCACGCUGAUACCUGGCUGGGAGAACGCGCCGUACGACAAGUCCACUAAGGACUUCCUCUUUGACAUCAUCCCACAGAGAAUUGUGCCCAAACUCGAAGGUGAAAGGCAUGGAUUUGAUGAGGAAGGCAGCUUGGUGUCAUCGAUUAUCGGAGGCCUGCGACGGCUGAUGCCAUAUCGCUCAAGAUGA